UCCAUAGCUUGCACAACAUCAAUGGAGGCUUAUCACUAGAAAAAAAAAAAAAAAAAAAAAACUCCAUUGUUGUUUUUUACAAGGACAAGGUUCCAUAUUCUUCAUCCAUGGCAGGGGUGGUUCCCAAGAAGGCUAACAGUAACACCACCACCACCACCACCAACCCAGUUAACAAGAAGGAAAACACGAAUCUUCUGUUGGGUCGGUUCGAGAUUGGGAAGCUCCUCGGCCAUGGAACCUUCGCCAAGGUCCACCAUGCUCGGAACAUCAAAACCGGUGAAGGGGUAGCCAUAAAGAUCAUAGACAAAGAGAAGAUCCUAAAGGGUGGCUUGAUGUCACACAUAAAGCGCGAGAUCUCCAUCCUCCGCCGUGUCCGCCAUCCCAACAUCGUGCAACUCUUCGAGGUGAUGGCCACAAAGACAAAGAUCUACUUCGUGAUGGAGUAUGUCCGUGGCGGCGAGCUCUUCAACAAGGUUGCCAAAGGAAGGUUGAAAGAACAAGUUGCAAGGAAGUACUUUCAACAGUUAGUUUCUGCCGUUGAGUUUUGCCACGCGAGAGGAGUGUUCCAUAGGGAUCUCAAGCCUGAAAAUUUGUUACUUGACGAGAAUGGUAACCUUAAAGUGUCCGAUUUUGGUCUCAGUGCUGUGUCUGAUCAAAUUAGGCAAGAUGGGUUGUUCCACACUUUUUGUGGAACACCUGCUUAUGUUGCUCCUGAGGUUUUGGCUAGGAAAGGGUACGAUGGUGCAAAGGUUGAUAUUUGGUCUUGUGGUGUUGUUUUGUUUGUUUUGAUGGCUGGUUAUUUGCCUUUCCAUGACCACAAUGUUAUGGCCAUGUACAAGAAGAUUUACAAGGGUGAAUUCAGGUGUCCUAGGUGGUUCUCUCCUGAACUCUCUGCACUUCUCAGAAGGCUUCUUGAUACCAAACCCGAAACCAGGAUUUCCAUUCCGGAGAUUAUGGAGAACCGGUGGUUCAAGAAAGGGUUCAAGCAAAUAAAGUUUUAUGUUGAGGAUGAUAGAGUUUGUGGUAUUGAUGAUAAGGUGAACAUUGAUGAUGAUGAUGAUGUAUCAUCUGUAUCAGAAUCUGACUCAGAGGUUGACUUGAAUGCAUUUGAUAUCAUAUCAUUUUCUCCGGGUUUUGAUCUUUCUGGGUUGUUUGAGGAAAAGGGUGAUGAGGCGAGGUUUGUGUCUGGUGCCCCAGUGUCCAAGAUUAUAUCAAAAUUGGAGGAAAUUGCUCAGUUGGUUAGCUUUACGGUAAGGAAAAAAGACUGCAGGGUGAGUUUGGAGGGUUCUAGAGAAGGUGUAAAGGGGCCAUUGACGAUUGCUGCUGAGAUAUUUGAAUUAACACCUUCUUUGGUGGUAGUGGAGGUGAAGAAAAAAGGAGGGGAUAGAGCAGAAUAUGAGAAAUUUUGUAACUCUGAAUUGAAACCUGCGUUGCAGAAUUUGAUGAUGGAGGAAUCCGCAACUUCUUCACGCCCACCUACACCCACUGAAUUACCUCUUUCUGACUCUCCGCUGGACAUACCUUCAGAUACUGAAUCUUUGUACUAAGACACCUGAAAAUUUACAGAAUAAGGGAAAAGGGUGUUACGUUUUUGUUUUUAUUAUUUUGUAUAGGUAGUGUAUGGUAAAUUUUCUUUUUCCCUUUUUUCCCAGGAUUGUCCUGCUUUUUUUAGGUUUGCUCCUUGUCUGGAGCAUUAGAUGCUACUGUAUUUGUAUGUCUAAUUGCUGUAAGAAGAAGGCUAAUUUAAUUUAAAUAUAGUAAUGGAGUGUGCAUGUUCACAUGUUUGGCACAUUGUUGUGUAACUGUAAUGUAUAUAUUUUCAUCCUUUAUUGCAAGUGAUGAGA